AUGCCUUCCGAGCGCGAGCUUCAGAUCAGCCCUAUCGUUCCCGAGUCUGUGGUCCAUAACACAAAGGCUCUCUCCAAUCUCCAUAGCCUUACUGCGUCACUUUUUGGAGUCACCGCCGGUGUCCUCGGCCUCGAAUCUUACUACGGUUUCCUCGUCUACAUCAUCUUCUCCUGCAUCACUGCUCUUCUCUUUUACGCCCUCAAGGUUGCUCCGGAAUCACUCCCCAAAGGCCACGCGCCUCUCGAUCCUUCUCGUUAUUAUCGUGGCUUGUUCGAGUUCUGGCUUGGUGGGAUAUUCAAUGGCGUCUCGGGCUUUGUCUUAACUUGGACAUUGUUUUAUGGCUUGGUUCGGGCCUAG